AUGCCGAAGGUAAUUGCUGGGUGCGGUGAGUGGCGGCCUGUUCAGAUAGCGGGCGAUUUGGUUGGCGAUGAAAAUCUCGCGUUUCUGUCGGCCGUUGAGGAGUGCUUGCCUGUUGAAGUGGACGGAAGCGGGGGAGCUUCUCGGCCAAAAGCAUGUUUUUUUUUAAAAACUCUUCUGGUGGUCAUCGUGGAGCGGCCAGUGUGA